AUGAAAAAAGAAACCGCCGCUGCAUUGCAUUCCGUCGUUGACGAAUUUGAACGUCACACCAAAACCCUCCGACAGCUUGGAGAACCGAUCGAUGCUUGGAGCACACUGCUAGAACACCUACUUUGUUUGCGCCUUGACGACGGUACGCUGAAAGCCUGGGAAGAUUUCGCUACCACUGCAGAAAACCCCGACUACAAUUGUAUAAUUGAAUUCCUGCAACGUCGCAUCCGUGUCUUGGAAUCGAUGUCUGUGAACCAACAAUCCCAACCAGCACUGAGCCAACAACCACCCUUGUUUCGCAAACCAUCGUUCUACAAAACCGUCUCUCAUACUGCAGCUGAAUCGCUCCAACGAAAAUUGAAAUCCAACGAGAGGCGGGACACCGCAGCGACCAGCCAUCGAUCAACCACGAAUGCGUCCACCGUUCAGAUAAGCAACCCAUCCCAAUCAUCAAAUGCAAGCAUUCUGCUGUCCACAGUCGUUUUGAUGAUUAUCGACGCCAACGGAAAAGCGCACCCCGCACGAGCAUUGUUGGACAAUGGUUCACAAUCGAACAUCAUCAGCGAAAGACUUUGUCAACUCCUCCGACUGGAGCGCAACAAGAUAAAUAUUCCUGUUUUCGGUGUAGGUGAGGCGAUUUCAAAUAUCAAACACUCAGUUUGGACUACCAUUCGAUCGAGAAAGUGCAAUUUUGAAAUCGGUCUCGACUUUCUCGUCAUGCCCCGCAUCACGAUUGAUUUACCCGUUGUAUCCACUUUUACUGAUAACUGGUGUGCAUCAUCUAAUCUGUUCUUGGCAGACCCAACCUUCAACAAGACCGGUACAAUUGAUAUUCUACUCGGAGCAGAACAUUUUUUCACUUUCGUGAACUCUGGAACACGUAUCGAGCAAGCGCCAAAUUUGAUCUUCAUCGAUAGUGUUUUCGGUUGGAUCGUCACUGGUAGAAACCAUUCCCCGCUGAAAUCACACCCCGUAGCAUGUCACUUAACGCUUUCCGACCCGCUUCAUAAGGCCCUCGAACGUUUCUGGCACAUUGAGGAAAUUGAGAGUCGGCUCAACUAUUCUGUGGAGGAGCAACAGUGCGAGUCUCACUAUGUUUCCCACCAUUCACGCACACCGGAGGGAAGGUACAUUGUUCGCCUACCACGUCAUUCCAAUUUCGAUCAAAUGCUGGGUGAAUCGAAAUCAACAGCACUUCGUCGCUUCCUCUGUCUUGAAACACGCCUUUGCAGAGAACCAAUGUUGAAGGACCAUUACCACUCAUUCAUGUCUGAAUAUUUGUCGUUUGGACAUAUGAGGCUGGUUUCCGCUAGCGAACACGAACCGCACCAGACUCACUACUUACCACAUCAUGCCGUUCUGAAAGAGGCCAGUACAACCACGAAAGUUCGAGUGGUGUUUGAUGGAUCAGCCAAAACAUCGACUGGCCAUUCCUUAAACGACGCGCUACAAGUUGGUCCAAUCGUGCAAGACGAAUUAUUAACGCUAAUACUUCGUUUUCGCAAAUACCCAAUAGCACUCGUUGCAGAUAUUGCAAAAAUGUAUCGCCAAGUGAUGCUCCACCCAAAAGAUACACCGCUGCAACGUAUUCUAUGGCGCUUCAAUCCCAAUGAACCCGUUUCCACUUUUGAGUUACAAACUGUAACGUACGGCUUGGCCCCAUCAUCCUACCUUGCCACCCGCACUCUUCAACAACUUGCCACGGACGAAGGAGAUUGCUAUCCGCUCGGGGGUCCAGCGCUACGGAAGGGGUUCUAUGUAGACGACUAUAUAGGGGGAGCAGACACGACAGAAGAGGCAAUCCAAACCCGCAACGAACUCGAUGAGCUGCUAUCAAAGGGAGGCUUUGAGUUGAGAAAGUGGACGUCAAAUAGCUUAACCGUGCUGGAAGGACUCGACCCAUCAAAAAUUGGUACCCAACCGAUGUUUAAAUUUGAUCACGGAGAAUCAAUCAAAGCAUUAGGCGUCAGCUGGGAACCGGUAGCAGACCAGUUACAUUUCGAUUCCACUUCGACCGAGGAAGGCGGAUGUCCGACCAAGCGAUCCAUAUUAUCAUCGGUAUCGAAGCAUUUCGAUCCACUUGGCCUAACAGCACCAGUUAUCAUUCGCGCAAAAAUGCUACUCCAGGAACUAUGGCUGCAACCUUGUGGAUGGGACGAAGAAAUUUCUGACAGCAUACGAGCAAAAUGGGAAACCUAUUGUUCUGGACUCAAACACAUUUCCUCUUAUCGAGUCAAUCGCUAUGCAUUCUUGCCUAAUUCCACUGUACAGCUGCAUACAUUCGCGGAUGCAUCCCAGCAAGCAUACGGUGCUUGCAUAUAUGGCCGAUCCACUGAUUCCGAAGGUCAUGUCCACGUUCAGCUGAUUGCCUCGAAGACAAAAGUCGCACCGCUCAAACGUAUCACUAUUCCCCGCCUGGAACUGUCAGCUGCUGUACUUGCCGCCCGGCUGCAUAAAAGGGUUACCGUCGCAAUGGAUAUGCCCUUCUCCGAAUCCCAUUUUUGGUCCGAUUCAACAGUCACACUUGAAUGGUUGCGCUCACCUCCGUACACCUGGACAACAUUUGUUGCAAACAGAGUGUCCGAAAUACAAACAACCACCCAGGGAUCCCAUUGGCAUCAUGUUGCUGGUAAACAGAAUCCAGCAGACCUCGUCACGAGAGGAAUGACAGUGAAUAACUUUCUCGGCAGUGAUCUUUGGCACCAUGGACCAACGUGGCUAAAACUCCCCGAAGCAGAGUGGCCAGUGAUAUCCCAACAGCAGAAUGCACCUGAAGACAUUCUAGAAAGGCGAAAGAUGGUGGCGGCGGUUCAAAACAGGCCUAGCACGAAUGCAUUUUUUGGCAUAUCGUCUUCGUACAGCCGUUUGAUUCGAUUGACAGCAUAUUGCCUGCGUUUCAUCAGAGCAUGUCGUCAUCAACUACCAAUCGAGUGCACAGGGAAAACGAAAAUUAUCACCGUGGACGAAAUGUCAACAGCUCGUUUAAAAUUAAUUAAGCUCGCCCAAGCAGACGUUUUUGUAGAGAAAAUGAAAGACCCCCUAGUAGUGAGUCUGGUGCGGUUCGUGUUCGCUAGCGGAAACCAGCCUCAUAUGUCCAAGCUACAAAUAUUCAGACAUGAAUGA